UAAAGUUAACAGCUUUGUGAUUCGCAAAGCAUCUCUUCUGCGAAUUAAUAUGGCUCCGCCGGAAGGUGAAACAGCGGCCGUCGCUGCGGCGGCGGCGGGCGGUGAUGGUCAGCCGCAAAGACAAGCAGGUGGUGGGUUUGGGCAGAGUAUAACCGGAAUCAUAAGAAUCGCCGUCUUCUGCUACUUCGCUUCAAAGUUCUUCUCUCCGAAACAAAAACCAGUGGAUCCUUCUAAGCCUCCACCUCAUCUUAUGUCUAAUCUCUUUCAGAAAGGCGAGCCCUUGGAUAUGUGGUUUUAUCUAUCGGAGGAUUAUAAAUUUAAUGACUUUGGGAAUGAUGGUGCGCUUGUUUGGCAUGAGACGAAUAUACCUUAUGCUGUGUGGAAGCCUGAGAGCAUUAGGACGUUUUCAAUGAAGUAUUAUCCAUCUGAGGCAUUGAAGAAUAAUGGGAGUCUAUAUGCUCAUGUCUUCUUUGCUCGGUCUGGUUUCCCUAUUGAUCCUAAUGAUCCUGAGUAUCAGCCUCUUAAUUGCUUUGGCAGGACACAUCCUGUUGCGACUUACUUGCCAAAGCGAAAAGCAGAUAAGAAGAAGAGUCUGUUGGGAAAUCCUAAAGACUCUACUGAAUCCAGUGCAGAAGUUGAGACUUCGCAGGAGGUUGAUGGUCAUGACUCGGAACUGAAGGAUGAGGGACCUGUGGAAUGGAUAUCUUACUGGAAACCUAAUGUCACCAUUAACCUAGUCGAUGACUUUACUCGCUAUCCACAGCAUGGUGUACCCCCAAACAUUGCUCCUUACAUACAGGUGGAACCUACUACAGUAAACUACUACCCUAUAGUUUUCUUCAACGAGUUUUGGCUGCUAAGGGACAAGUUGAUUGCAAUCAAUGAGACAGUCUCAGAGCUACCACUUAACAUAGAAGUAAGCCCCAUAAGCAUGACAAAGUGGCAGCUAUUUGAGCAGAUUGAACAGUCUUUCCAGGUUCAUCGUAGCUAUGGAAGCAUGCUUGAUGGUGAAUCUGACGAACUAAAGAGGGUGUUUUUAGAAGGCAAUCCCUACCUGUUGGGCGUGACAAUGUUUGUUUCGAUGCUGCAUUCUGUAUUUGACUUCCUUGCAUUCAAAAAUGAUAUCCAGUUUUGGAACAAGAACAAAUCUAUGGAAGGACUGUCUGCAAAGUCUGUUGUACUGAACUUUAUCUGUCAGUUCAUCAUCUUCCUUUACCUUCUUGACAACGACACUUCAUGGAUGAUACUGGCUAGCUCUGGAGUUGGUGUCUGCAUUGAAUUCUGGAAAAUAGGGAAAGCCAUGCGCAUAGAGGUUGAUAGAAGUGGAAUGAUUCCAAGAUUGAGGUUUCACGAUCGUGAAUCAUAUGCGAGAAACAAAACCAAGGAGUAUGAUGAUAUGGCCAUUAAAUUCUUAUCCUAUGUGCUUCUCCUCCUUGUCGCUGGAUUCGCCAUAUAUUCACUCGCCUACGAACGCCACAAGAGCUGGUACUCUUGGAUACUAUCUUCACUAACGAGCUGCGUCUACAUGUUUGGUUUCAUAAUGAUGUGUCCACAAUUGUUCAUCAACUAUAAGCUUAAGUCAGUAGCGCAUCUACCAUGGAGACAAAUGACUUAUAAGUUCCUCAACACCAUCAUCGACGAUCUCUUUGCUUUUGUCAUCAAAAUGCCAAUGCUGCACCGUCUUUCUGUCUUCCGAGAUGAUGUGAUAUUCUUGAUAUACCUGUACCAGAGAUGGGUUUACCCUGUGGACAAAACGCGUGUCAACGAGUUUGGUUUUGGAGGUGAGGAUGAGUCUGUAGAUCCCAAGAAGAUCACUGAUCAAGAAGAUGACAAGAAAACAAACUAAUAAUAAGCUUUUUAUUUUUCUUUUCCAAUACCAAUUUUAAUUUAUUUGUUCUGCUUUAGAAGUUUUGUUUACGCUUAUAUAAGAUAAAAUUUUAUUUUAAACGAUCUUAAAUCAUAGUAUGAGUUUAUUUUUAAAAUACAGUAUCGUUAUAAAGUUAAAAUGCAAC